AUGUACACAAACCCAAUCACCCUCCGUCCGCAGCAAGACAUGCCCUACGAUCUCCGUCCGCGAGCCCUACAAUGGGAUGAAGUCAUGGACAGCGAUUCUACCUGCGCCCUGUCCCCGAGUAUAAGCAGCGCCGUGCGAUUUCCAGCAGCGCAUAUGACCGCGCCGCAGGAGCUUUUUGUGCUCUCGCCGCAAGCAACGGCCUACCUCGGCUCGAACCAGGAUUCGCCGGGCGAGCUGGGCGGUGGCGGUUAUCCUGACGUGAAUGCUACUUCUAAUCCCAACCGCCGACAAUCGCAGAACCGCGAAGCGCAGCGCCGAUUCCGCGAGCGACGAGAACAGGAACGCAUCCAGCUGCGGAAGAGGAUGGAGGAGCUGCGGGCGGAAAACGACGCGCUGAGUCGGUUGCUAGCCGAGGCGAAAAAUGCGAAUCUCAAGCUCGAGGUGGAUAAUGAGCGGUUAACCAAAGAGCUGGAGACGUUGCGCCGGCGGUGGCAGGAUGUGCUACGGUUGAUGGCGGAUAUGGUGCAGCAGGAGGAGGUGGGGGAGGGGGGCUCGCCGUCGAGUUGUUCUAGUAGCUCGUCGUUGUCCUCGUCGUCGUCGUCGUCGCGGAAGGAGGUGCAGGGCCUUAGGAGUUCGAUUAUGAUGCAAAUGCUGGUCUUGUUGUUUGAUGAAAAGGGGGACUCUCCCUCGCGGACGGUGAUGGCUAGAUUGGGGGCGUUGUCUGGGGAUCCGUGA